AAUUUUUGCGGUCCGCAUGUCGUCCUCGAAGCAACCAUCGCUGGAGCUGACGUACUUUGACGCUGGCGGGCGUGCCGAGCCUAUUCGAUUGAUCUUGGCGUAUGGCGGCAUCUCCUUUGAAGACGUGCGCAUCCCUGGCAAAGACUUUCCUGCAAAGAAACCGUCGUUGGAUCUCCCGUUUGGACAAGUGCCGACACUCCACGUCGAUGGCAAAGUGUAUGCGCAGAGUAUUGCGAUUGCACGAUACGUUGCGACGCUAGCUGGUUUGUACCCCGAGAACCCGUUGGACGCGUUGGAAGCGGACCUUGCUGUUGACACCAUCGUCGAAGCAACGAUGACUUUUGUAAAUGCAGCUUUCAUGGAGCCGGACGAAGCGAUGAAGGCCGAGAAACUUGCUGACGCAAACGACAAGGUUUUGCCGCGACUUCUGGGCGGUCUCGAGAAACGAGUUGUCGGACCGUUUCUCUUGGGCGAUGCGGCUUCAUUUGCUGACAUCUACGUGUUGGACUUUUACACACAAAUAUGGACUGCAUUUUCCGACCAACUCAAGUUGACCCCCGAACAACACCCAAAACUCACCGCUAUUGCCAAUCACCUGCGCAAUUCAACCGAACUCGCGUCGUAUUUGAACCCGAAGAAGCGAAAGUUGUCGUCCGAGUAAUGAACUACGUUUCGUUCCAUGA